CAAGAGCUUGAAACAGGGAAGAGUGGACAGAUCCAAUACUCUUGGAAUGUAGUCAUGAUCAAGGCACUGAAAAGUUUGGUCAAACACAAUGCAAUACAAUGCAAUGUCAUAUGAGACCAACAGGAUUCUUCUAAUAUACGACAUCACCGUACAUGCCUUAUUUGCACCGCCGUGUAUUUUUGUUACUUUAUGAUUACCGUGCAAAUGCAAAAUGUAAUAGUUUGCAGUACGGCUGUCCUGACGUAAAGUAAAGUCACUGAUAACACAAGUGUAAAUAUUGUUCACGAGACAGUCUCACUGAUGAUAAAGUUGCAAGGACGUGCUGGUCUAUAGUUGUGUAAUCACUAUGACACAAGUUCUCAGAAAAUGUAAAUCAGUCUUGUUUGGUAAAGGUGUUCUGAAAAACUUCGAAGAGCGUCGACGGUCGACAUCAGAGACUAAUGACGAAUGGGAAGAGGAGGCGAAAUUGUAUCGCAGAGAACGGAGAGUGACCUUCGCUGAUAUAGAAGAACUUCAUACGAAAUUUGCCAAAUCAACUAGAAGUUCUGCAGAAGUGGGCUUAACCAACGUUGGGUACAUACACAGAAACUGUGCCGAACAUCUCGAUGUACAGACUGAUCCUGUUUUCUCGCACAUUCCGGAAGAGCCUGCUGAAAGUGUCAUCGGUCACGUGACAGUAUUACGUACAUCAGACGGUGCUCAAAAGCGGCAUGCUAGAAAUUGUGACCCGCACGAAGUGACGUUUGGCAAGAGGGGUAAGAACGUCGGUGAAUUCCAAGACGCCACCGGUAUCACCUACAUAUCACGUGAUCAAGUACUCGUGACCGAUAUGGUAAACAACAGAAUGCAGCUGUGCAACAGGACCGGAGAAACGUCUGUAGUAUACAGUGGUGAAGAUAUUUCUGAGCCUUGGUCUGCUUGCCUGACAACUGACGGAUAUAUUGCGUUCACGUCUCGCCGACGGAAAUGCGUAGUUGUGAUGUCCAGGGAAGGCGAUAUUUUAUGGUCAUUUGGCGCAGGUUUCUUUGAAUGUCCAUGCGGUGUCUGUGUUGAUACAGACGGCAAUUUCGUUGUAACAGAUGCUUUCACAAACUGUGUAUCAAUUCACAACAAAACUGGCCAAUUCCUGAAGUACAUAGGGAAUCCUAAAAUAGCAGACCAACAAUUCUCAAAACCAAGAUACGUAUGUGUAUCUCCCCGCGGUGAAAUCAUUGUUUCAGAUUCUGGACAUCACCGAAUUAAGCUCUUCGACAAGGGUGGGCAUUUCGUCCGCUCCAUCGGGAAAUUUGGAAAGAAAGAUGGCGAACUGAAGACACCGUACGGUGUUUGCACGGACAGUUUAGGUCAUAUUUUAGUGGCAGACCAUUACAACAAUCGCAUAUCCAUGUUCACACGAGAGGGCGCCUUUGUUUGCCACGUGAUCGAGGAAAGCCUUAGUGUAAAACAUCCUAAAGGAAUAGCUUUGAGUCCGCAUUUAAAUCUGUACGUCUCCAGUGGUGAUUUAAAAGCGUGUGAAAUAAAAAUCUAUAAACUCAAAUGUUCUGAUCCCACAGUCAUUGUUGACGUAUAAGAUAUACUAGUGCAUUAAAGCUACUCGCCCAAAGUUUGGGUGAAAUUUUCCAGCAAGUUUAUUUCCACCAGAUUUGGCAUAGAAUGUAUAUAUGAUACUGCAAAGGAUAAAGUGAGGGAAAAUCAAAGUUAGAUAUUGAUUAAAAUGCAAGAAGAAUGUAAUUUCUGUAUUAUUUCAACAGCAUUGCAACGGUUUACUACCUCUAUUAUUUUUAGUUGUUUAUAAGAAAAUCUUUCAAAAAUCGUAUGUAAAAUAAGUUUGUACCACUAUAGUGACUUUCAGAGUAUUCACUUUUUAUGGAUUUUGAGAGAAAUUAUUUCUCGCCUAAAAUGUGUGGGUUAGUCCUUUUAAGCAAAUGGAUAAUAUUAAAAUAGCAGCACACAAGUCUUCACUACUUUGACGAGAACAAAUAGCCUGUGCCGCCUAAUUAGAAUUAUGAAAGUACAUGUGUACGGAUUAAAAGUCUUGCGUAAUAACAAUGAAGCUGAAAUAUUUAGGAAUAUCUUACUGAAGCACUAUAUUACCUGAAGUACUUUGAAAAUAUCCAGUGCGUAUCGUCAUUUUAGAUACUAACUUGAAAUGUAGAAAAUCCCCAUCAUAGGAGUUUAAGUAGACAAAAAAUAUAAACUGUGUAUGAAGAGCUACAAUCAUUUUGUUUAAAGACUUACAGUCGUUUUAGUGGUUGUACAUACCUAUUUUAUGUUUAGCUAUAAUGGCCGCCAAUUUUAAUUUGCCAAAUAACUUUCCCAUGGAAAGAACAUGUGAUAAAUUUUCCCAUGGGAAAGUGGAUUUCCCCAUGGGAAUUUCCCAUGGGAAAUAUAUUUGUUUCUUAAAAUGAUAAAUCAUUAUCUUUUAAACUUAUUCUACACCAGGCACAUUAUAACAUGACUCUGGAAAAA